AUGUCCCAGACUCUCCACGCAGACAGUGUCCCCUACGCCUCAGGUGACAUGAUAAUGGCAUCUCUGUGGGAAGAUCAGGUCCAGGAACCCUGUCCCUAUAACUAUAGGCUCAGCGCCCCCGGCUCAUCCUCAAUGACACAUCCCUGCCCAGAGUUCGAGAGCAAAGACCAGCCAGAGUCCCUGACAAUUCAGUCUCCGCGGGGUGGGCGAGGCGGGGGCGGGGCUGACGUCGGGGCUGGGUCAGGGUCCCACACCUUGCAGUGGUUGUAUGGCUGCGUCUUGGGACCAGAUGGGCGCCUCCUCCAAAGCUAUGACCAGGUGGCCUACGAUGGCGCCGACUACAUCGCCCGGAACGAGGAUCUUCGCUCCUGGACAGCUACCGACAUGGCGGCUCAGAUCACCCGGUGCAAGUGGGAGGCAGCCGGUGAGGCGGAAGAGAUGAGGAGCUACCUGGAGGGCCCCUGCAUGGGGUGGCUCCACCUUUACCUGGAAAAAUGGAAGGAGACCCUGCAGCCCGCAGACCCUUCAAAGGCACAUGUGACCCAUAACCCUGUCUCUGAGCGUAGUGAGGUCACCCUGAGGUGCUGGGCGCUGGGCUUCUACCCUGCGGACAUCAGCCUGACCUGGCAGCGUGAUGGGGAGGACCAGACCCAGGACAUGGAGCUGGUGGAGACCAGGCCUGCGGGGGACGGGAUCUUCCAGAAGAGGGCGGCCGUGGGGGUGCCCCCUGGAGAGGAGCAGAGAUACACGUGCCAUGUGCAGCACGAGGGGCUGCCUGAGCCCCUGACCCUGAGAUGGGAGCCGCCUUCUCAGACCUUCAUCGUCUUCAUCAUCCUGGGCAUCGCUGGGGGCCUGGUUCUGCUGGGAACUAUGGCUUCAGCUGUGAUGUGGGGGAGGAGGCGCUCAGGUGGGCAGGGGUGGGGUCUGAGUGUCUGUCCCCCUGACAGCACCCAGGGCUCUGAUGUAUCUCUCUCACUUUCUAAAGGUGAGACCCUGCCGUGGGGAGGGGUGGAGAGGGGAAGACUGGGUGGUGGGGAGUCUGUGGGACACUGUGAGCAUGAAGUGGGCUUUGAGAAUGUCAUCAGUUAUAGCCACUGACCUGAAUCUGUUCAUGAUGCUUGUCCUCCACAGGG